AUGAGCAUUGUAUCCGCUAAAACAUCUUCUGGAGCCUCGGGCAUUCCCCAGGAGCUCCACGAGGAUUGUUGCGACAGUGCCACGGCGGUUUCUUGCGUCCCUUCGUCAUCGGCAUCCUUACUUAAGGGUGUGGGUAUCGGCCAAACUCAUCAGGCAGAGUCGACCUCUGGAUAUGAGGCAUUUGGGUCAAGCAUUUGCCUUCACUUCCGCGGUCUAAAGGACUUAGCUGCACAGUUAUGCGGGGUUGGCAGCUCCGUUGGUGGCUUGAGGGGGAAUGAACCAGGAGACCAGGGAUUGAACUGGAAAGACGUAGGGGGCCGGAUAGCCGUAACAGAGGUCGGAGGUGCAGCAGUCGAGGCUGGGAUUGCGCCAUGGGAAGCAGCUGAAAUCUUUGCUGACAUUUUCAAGACGAGUAUUUUGGGCCUUUGCGCGGACACAGAGCUCCACCUUCUCUUUCUUGCGGCCGUCGCAGUGGGGGGCGAAAUGCAACCAAACUGGCACUCGUAUCUCUCCGUCUACGACAAGCUUGACCCAGCUGGCAGAGAGGCCAUAAAGGCACAAGGAGUACCUCGUCACUGCAUCAACGACACUGCUGACCUCCUGCUUCUUGAACAGCUUAAUUUCACCCAGCUACGAAGACGCGUCGAGUUGGAAGCCCACCGUCGCUUUUUCUUUGCCCUUCUGUUGCACGACGUGUACCGAGAAGGCACAGCUUACCAGAGUGUUUGGUAUCUCGCGAAGUGCACUGAUGGCCUGCGCAGCGCAGGGGCGGCGUUAUCGGAGAUUUGCUUCGUACUGGCAGGGAAGCUAAAGCUUGCCUGUUCACCUGCUGGGGCACUAGCUUCCGCCUUGACAGACCCUUCUCGUCAAUGCGGACGCAAUCACGAAGCUAUUCGCAAUGAAGACGAUGGGGGCCCAGCUGCACUCCAACAGCUCCUGCAGCUAGACGGCAUGACCCCGAGACGCGCAGCCGCUCUUCGCGCUGCUCAGAUAUACACAUGUGCCCAGGUUGCCAACACACCACUGUGUGAUCUAUAUAAGGCAUUAGAAGCAGCAGAACCCGCCCAACUUGCCCCCACAGAAACUGCGGCGCAGAGUGACCAGAAGGUUUGGGGGCCAACAAAUUCCCGACUGCGCGCACGAUUGUUGACUGCCAGCGUGAAACUCAAAGAUGCAGCGCAGAAAGAACAAGAGAUGCGGAUGCAGGCGCUGGAGGAUGAAGCGGCGGGGCACUGGUCGUUGAUAAGGAAAGCCACCAACAGUUCGGGAGAUGAAGAUGACUGA